AUGGCGGACAGACUGACGCAGCUACAGGACGCGGUGAACCAGCAGGCAGACAACUUCUGCAACAGCAUCGGCAUCCUGCAGCAGAGCGCCCCGCCCAGCAAGUUCCCCGGGUUCGACCGCUCCGGGUCGCAGACCCCGUCCCAGACCCAGCACAUGCAGGAGGACCACGCCCACUUGUUCGCGACCGUCAUCGCCCGCUGCGCCAAGGACAUCGACGUGCUCAUUGAGUCCCUGCCGAGCGACGAGUCCUCCACGGAGCUGCAGCUGGGGAGCCUGCGCAAGCUGGAGCAGGAGAACCGGGAGGCCGGGGAGCAGCUGGAGGAGGCGGUGCGGCGGGGGGAGGCGCUGCUGGAGCAGGUGCAGGCGGCGCUGGCCGACAUCGCCAGGAGCCAGCUCGACAUGCAGCACCCGGCGGGCGACGCCUGAUGACCACGCGUCGGUGCUGUUGGCUCAUCACACAUGGCUCUCAAGGACAUUUUAAAGGGUCAAAUGCAGCUUAGAAGCGUGUGCAUUGGUUUUGUGUCUGUAAAAGUUUUUAAAGCAAAAGUAUGGCCUGUUGUGAAGUUACACUCAAAUUUUUAUCUGUGAGAAAACAAGAAACUCAAGAUAAAAGAAGUUGCAUUACUGUAAAUGAACUCUUCAAUCGAGCAAUUUUUUUUUAUGCUUAGCAAUGAAUAAUAUUGUUCCUUGUGCAAGUGUGUUUGCCAAUUGUUGUGCAUCGUGUGCAGUAAAAAAAUAAACUUGCAUUCACUCCAAGUGCAUGUAAAGAAUGAAGAGUUUAUAAAAUGAAUGUGCAGCUACAGGCUGACAUUUAACAGGAGCGACUGUACCAUAUUAAGUGCCUCAUUUGUUCAGUUAUUAGAGAGAUGAUAUACAAUGUCUUAGAUUUUUUAUACUUACUUUGGUUUCAUCUUUUCAUUUUAGUGUUACUGUCAUGUUUCUGAAUACAGUAUUUGAAUAUAACGUUAUACGCAUGGAAAUUAUGUAUGUCUGUUUUCAGUAGAUUAUUUAUGUCAUAUUUGUUUGUCAAUUCUAGCUAUUUUCUUCUUGCAUAUAACUUUUAGUUUCAAUUUUUAAAUAAAUCUAAUUACUAGUAUGUUUGCUUUUUAUUUUUUGUGUAAUACAUGUGUGUUUCAUGCAGUAUUAAAAUACAGAUUUUUGUUAAAAAAAUGAAUCAACUUAAAUAUCUUUUCAAAUUUAAUGUACUUAGACAUGCACAGGAUAGGAAUAGAUUUAAAAUGCAUUGUAAUUAGAAGUUUAAAGCUGAUAAAUGCCUAUUAUGUUUUGGAAAUUAUAUUCCGGUAUUCCAAGGAUGAAAUUUUGUGUGCAUAAUGCCAAUUAAAAAUAAAUUAAAAUUGUAAGUAAUUUAUUAGUGAUUCACUUGCAGAUUUGUAGAGGAUGCAAUCACAACUGUAAGGAGAAAGUCAGUUGGUUGUCGCUGUGCCCUGUCAUUUUAGUAAUAUUCGUGCAGCGGUGCUCUUUUUUAACUCGCUUUACAACUUGAAGUUAUUUUCUUUGUUUUGAGUUCAACCCAUGUUAAAAGACUGCUGAUUAAUUUAAACUUUUAUGUUCAAUACAUGUUAUGUUUGUGAUACCUGAAAUUUUAUACUCUAAUUUUUUUUUACAAGAAUUGAACUUGUAUAGAUAUUUUUAAGUCAAGAGUAUACUGGCGUGUUGAUUUGAACUUCUGUUGGUGUGGAAAAUGCCAGCGUACGAGGUGUAAUGAUAAAAUAGGGUGGAUAAUUUUAUUACAAACAAAGUAAUAAGCUUACAUAAAAUAUUAACUGAUCUCCUUCCAAGUAUGUACUUUCCUUGGCCAGCGAUGAACGUAUUCCUACGUUGAUUCCAUGAUUGGAAAAAUUUCUAGAAGGCUUCUUUCUGAAGGGCUUUCAGCUGCUCUGUCGUGGUUGUCUCAAUGUCGGGAAUGGUGUCAAAAUGUUUUCCUUUUAGCGUGGUUUUUAUUUUUGGGAAGAGGCAAAAGUCGAGUGGUGCUAAAUCCAAAAAAGUAAGGUGGAUGUGGACAGAGAGGAACUUUUUAUUUGACCAAAAACUCGCAGAUCAGAAGUAAGAUGUGGCAUGGCACGUUGUCAUAAUGGAGGAAGCCAUUGGACCAUAUUUCUAGUCUCUUUUUAUGUACAAUGUUUCACAAAUAUUGUAGUACGCCAUUGUAAUAUUCACUUACUGUUGUUCCUCUUGGAACGAACUCUGUUCACACUAUUGAAAUACAAUAAGCAUGAGCUUGACGUUUGGCUUUGACUUGCAUGCCUUCUUUAAGGUAAGGAGAGUCACACUUCUCAGGAGCAUAGCCAUACACCCAACUUUCAUCUCCAGUUAUAAUUUUGGCCAUGAAAUCUAGUUCUGUAUCAAGACUUUCCUUCAAUUCCGUGCAAACUGACGCACAAUUUUCCUUUAGUUUUGUCGGUCAAAAGUCUGGGAACAAAUUUCGCACUCACUUGUUUCAUUUGCAAAUUAUUGGUUAAAAUGCUUUGCACAGACCCGUACGAGAUGUUCAGUUCUCUGUAAGCUCUUCGAUAGUUAAAUCACCUGUUUGAACAAACCAUUUUUUUUCUUUCAAUUUUUUGUACAUUUUUGACUGGUGGACAUCCAAAACAUUGCUCAUCUUCAACCAACUCAUUUCGACUUUUAAAUCGCUUUUACCACUUGCAAACUGCCUUCAGAGUUACCUCAUUAUCACCAUACAUUGAUUUUAGCAUUUCUUGAGCUGCUUUGGCACUUUUUUUAAACUUAAAACAAAACUUCAUGUUAAUGCAUUGUUCAAAAUCCAUUACGUGCGACAGAAAUGGUAAACACGAUCUCACUCUUCUAGCUCUGGAAGUCGACUAACAAGUCACAACUUGUUUGUUCAAACUUGACACUGUCAAUCUCAAGGGAUCAGGCUGUUGGGCUUAUUACUUCAAAUAGAUGUAGCUUCAGCAGUUGCUGCUGUUAAAAUUCAAUCACUGUAUGUUUUGAUAACACCUCGUAUGUAUAUGUGUGUGUUGUGGCAGAAGUGAUCAGAAUAAACAUUACGUUACACAAA